AUGGACAACAUGGAAGAGUCCUUCAACGAGUUUGGCGGUAUCUCGUUCGAUGAGAGGAAGAUGAACGCAGUGCGAGCCUUUCAAAUGGGUAAGCUCCUAGACCUUGUAAUGCUCGAUACUCGCAGCUACGACCGAAGUAUCACGCGAGUCGGAUGGAACGACAAGUACGUCUACGACAUCUCCAACGACGCAGGGCGUUCGAUCAUGGGCUCGCACCAGGAGAACUGGUUCUUCAGGCAGCUUUCCUCGUCACAAGACCGCGGCGCAGUGUGUCGCAUUAUCGGCAACCAGAUGAUCUUCUCGCACAUCAACAGAACAGGCGAAGAAGGCGACCGCGACAUUCCCGUCGACGUCGACGCCUGGGACGGCUUUGUAGCCAGCCACAACCGAACCCUCAAACACCUUCACGACAACAUUAUCACAAACACAAUCAUGCUGGCCGGCGACUCGCACCAGAACUGGGUCUCUGACCUUGUUUGGCAGGACGCCAUCCCCCACGACCCGGUCACAGGCGCGGGUGCCAUUGGGGUCGAGUUCGCCACCAUGAGCGCAGCAUUCGUCCGCGACAACGACGCGCUGCUGUGGCAGGAGGGAUACUACCGUGGGUACACGGAGCUACACAUCUCGCGCAACCAGCUCGAGGCGCGGUACUGGGGAUGUCCGACGAUAGCGACGCGCAAUGCGCUGAAAAUAUCGCUUGCGAAUUUCACCGUCGCGGCGGGCGCUAAUCACAUUGCUCGCCCUGUUGCCACUGGCGCUGUGGAAGCUGGUGCCAUUGCGGAUGGUCAGGGCGAGUUGCGUGGUACGAAUCUGACCAAGGAUCUCGAGACGGGCGAGUGGUUUGUCCAUGAUUUCGACACCAUGUGUUUGGAGUGGGCGUUGGGAUGGUAA